AUGAAAUCAAACAUUGAGAUUCCUUUCUAAACUGUAUAGAUCUCCAGCUUCACCUCUCAAAAUAAUUCAAUAAAGAAUUUAUCAGACAAUUAGAUAACACACAUUUUAGACUUAAAAGACUCUAAUAUAUCUUCAGAGCAACAAAGCAAUAAAGAUGCCACAUAAUGUGAAGUAAUUCUUGAUUUACCUGUGAAAACAAACGGAUUUAUCUGGCCUUAUCAUCCAUUUUAAGUGCUCUCCUGGGUUGUAUAUACCUACAACAUGAUACAUUUUUAUCUUGUAUCAAUACCUAUUUUCACAAAUAACUUAGUACAAGUCAUCAUUCUUGCAGUAGUAUACCUCAUUUUGGGAGUAACAGUGUUCUACAUGACUUAUAUUACCACUAAAAUAGAUCCUACUGACAGAACAGUAUACUUAGAGAGAGCUUCUCGAUAGCCAAACCCUGAUUCAGAGGCUUUGAAAUUUAAUCCUUAACAAUAUUCCUAUCAUUGCAGUAUAUGCAAGACGCAUGUAUUAGAGUUUUCAAAGCAUUGCUAAGCUUGCAAUAGAUGUGUUGAGAAUUUUGAUCAUCAUUGUAAGUGGCUAAAUAAUUGCAUUGGUGAAAUCAACUACAACUAAUUUUUCAAUAUGUUAGUUGCUGUGUCCAUCUCUCUUACUUUCUAAUCAGGAAUUAACAUUGGAAUAAUAAUUGAUUAUAGAGAUAGACUAAAGAAAUUACAUCAAUAUGACGAUAUGAAUUACAUAAUUGAAAAUUUAUUAAACUCAUAAUUCCACAUCGCAACUAUAGUUAAUUUGAUUGUGAAUACUUUGGUACUUAUGAUGGUCUCUAAAUUGCUUAUUUAUCAUAUUUGGCUUAAAUACAAUGGACUAACUACUUACCAACAUCUUGUAAUGAAGAGAGAUAAAUUGGAAAUCACACCCAGGAAAUCAAAAGUAAUUAAGAAAAUAGAGAAAUAGGAUGCUCCAAAAUUUGAAGAAGACUUAUCUAAUGCAAAUACUGCUCGGAAUGGAUCUAAUGCUGAAAAAGUCAAGUAAAAAGGAUAUUCCUGCUUGAGAUGGAGCAACGCAUCAAAUGAACCCAAGAUUAAGCCCAUGCAAGCAUCAUUUUAAUAGGAAAUUGAGAAAUAUUCUAAAUAAAAAAUCAUUGAAUAAGACCAGUAGAAUAUUGAUUAAGAAAAACUAUGUGUGAUAAUAAUAGAUGAUAAGUAGUCUUAAGCCCUAGCCGAGAGAUUAGACCUUGUAAGCAUAGGAGAAUACGAAACAAGAAAUUUUGCCAGUAACUAAUAAAGAGAAAGUUUGCAGAAAUUGAAUUAGACCUAGGAUAAGAAAACAUCUACUCCAAACUACUUACCUUUCAUACUUAAUAACAAAAAUUAAGAUUACGUAAAAGAAUCUCCAAUUCAUCACUUUGAAAAUCCUUUAUACCAAAAUGAUAGUACAAAUUUAAAAGAGAACUAAGAAAUCACCAAUCAUUAUGGAUCCAAUUAGGGCUUUUAAAGCUCUAGACAUGAUCUUAAAUUAGAUAUUGGAAAUGUGGGUGGAGCUGUGAAUGGUCCAGUGUUUGAUAAUUAGAUUCAGACCGAAGAUUACCGAGAUGGAAUUAAUCGAAGUAAGUUGAGGUUUUAUACUAAAGAUGUAACUUAUAAUGAUAGCGAAUUCGAUCACUUUGAAGAUGAAAUUAAUAAAGAAAGAAAAAGAUUUAAUCCAAAAAAGAAUAUUGACUGA